CGCUGUGCAGCUGCUUCAUGACCGCAGAAGAAGAAGAAGACCAACAUGGCGGAACGAGGCUACAGUUUCUCUCUCACCACAUUUAGCCCUUCGGGCAAGCUGGUCCAGAUUGAAUAUGCCCUGGCUGCUGUAGCAGCUGGAGCUCCUUCUGUCGGCAUCAAAGCUUCCAAUGGAGUCGUCCUGGCAACGGAGAAGAAACAGAAGUCCAUUCUUUAUGAUGAGCAGAGUGUUCAUAAAGUGGAGCCCAUCACUAAACACAUAGGCAUGGUGUACAGCGGCAUGGGGCCCGACUACAGGGUUUUAGUCCGGCGAGCCCGCAAACUGGCACAGCAGUACUUCCUGGUCUACCAGGAGCCGAUUCCCACGGGCCAGCUCGUCCAGAGAGUGGCCUCUGUGAUGCAGGAGUACACACAGUCCGGUGGAGUGCGUCCGUUUGGCGUGUCGUUGCUGAUUGCUGGAUGGGACGAAGACCACCCCUACCUGUUCCAGUCAGACCCCUCUGGUGCGUACUUUGCAUGGAAAGCCACGGCCAUGGGAAAGAACUACGUCAACGGAAAGACAUUCCUUGAGAAAAGGUAUAACAACGAUCUGGAGCUGGAAGACGCCAUCCACACAGCCAUCCUAACACUGAAGGAGAGUUUUGAAGGUCAGAUGACAGAGGAGAACAUCGAGGUGGGGAUCUGCAACGAGGCCGGCUUCAAGAGACUCACCCCGGCCGAGGUGAAAGACUACCUGGCAGCCAUCGCGUGAACACUCCCUCCAUGAUGACGGGGCUCUACCGGCCACAUUUCAAGACCAAGAAUUAUCUGCGCAGUAGCCAGUUGUCUCAUGUUCGUAUAAAUCUGAGGCUGUGGAGUUGGUUUCAAUACACUGUAAUUUCCCUGCACCGAUUUGGCGUGGCGUGACAAAGCAGGGACUUUAUCAUUGGCUUUGACUUGGAAGACCACAAUUAAAACUAAUUGGAUUAGUCUAUUACUGAACAAUAAAUGUAGCAGUUGGCCACUGUGCAAAUAAAACGGAAUGUGAGCUCUGAUGAGCAAAAAAUCUCACUUCUAUUAAAUCCUACUUUGCUGUUGAACCUGUAACUUGAAGAAAUCAGCCACGACUGCAUACAGCCUCCGGUUAAGACAGUAAGGUGAGAGGGGGCUUCUUGCUGCAGAUUGAUUUCAGCAUUGUGAAGCAGGACCUAAUGGAAAAGUUUGAGAUUUCUCUGUCAGGAUGUGUUUGCCUGUACAGCAGUUUUACACGACUUUCUUUUUUUUUUUCAGGCUAGAAACAAUUCUCGAGUUUGUAUUUCCUCUGGUUAUCUGUCCCUCAUUCGAAUAAAAGAUGGUGUUGACUCCA